AUUAGGCGAUCGAACCCAAAUAUCACCAUAAAUCAAAAGGAUACACGAUACCCUCUUCCUCUUCCUCUCCUUCUCCUUCUCCUUCUCCGGUUCUCCCUCAAGCUCUACCCGUCUCCAAAAAUGGCGGCGAUAAACGCAAUUACACCCAAAAUCCCCCUUUCGAUUCGAUUAACCACUUCAAAAUCUCUCCCAACUCUUUCUUUUCUCUCUCUUCCAAACACCUCUUCCUUCACAGCCUCCAACUUUCUCUCUCUAAAACACAGCAGCAGUAUCGCAACUACCGCAAAGCUUAAACCUCGUUCUCUCUCCAUCGUCUCAGCUCUCAAGAAAAUCUCGGAGUUAGAUUCAAUCGCUUUGUCGCCGGAAAAUGAUGACAGCUUGACGUCAGAUUCCGGCGUUUACGCCGUUUAUAAUUCCGACGGAGAGCUUGAGUUUAUCGGCUUGUCCAGAAAUGUCGCCGCUAGUGUUGAUUCACACCGCAAGAAGGUGCCAGAGCUUUGUUCCUCUGUUAAGGUUGGAGUUGUUGACGAUCCUACCAAAGAGUCCUUAACCCAAGCUUGGAAAUCAUGGAUGGAAGAACACAUAGCAGCCACAGGAAAGAUUCCACCGGGAAAUGAAACAGGGAACACUACAUGGUUCCGGCCACCACCUAAGAAGAAGCCUGAUCUGCGUCUAACCCCUGGACGCCAUGUACAGUUAACAGUCCCGUUAGAACAGCUUAUUGAUAGGCUGGUUAAAGAAAACAAAGUUGUGGCUUUUAUCAAGGGAUCUCGAAAUGCACCUGCAUGUGGGUUCUCACAAAAGGUGGUUGGGAUCCUUGAAAGCCAAGGAGUUGAUUAUGAGAGCGUGGAUGUUCUUGAUGAGGAGUAUAACAAUGGAUUAAGGGAGACACUAAAGAGUUACAGCAACUGGCCAACGUUUCCUCAGGUUUUUGCCAAAGGGGAAUUGGUUGGAGGAUGUGACAUCUUGACCUCCAUGUAUGAAAAUGGUGAACUUGCUGAUUUGUUCAAAUAAGUCGUAAUCUUUUUGUGUACACUGAUGUGCUAAACAAUGUAAGAGCUUAUAGCUUUGAUUUAUUAUCAAAUGUUUAUGUA